ACUUUAUCGAUACGAUCUGUCAAUACUGUCAAUCUUCGUUUGUCAUACGCAUUGAAGAAAUUUGUGGAGUUUAAAUUUAUGUUUUUAUAAACAAAACUGUUAUAAACAAUAAUAUUUCUAGUAUUUAAAUGUAGCUGACCUCUUAAGGAAUGUGUGCAAUCGCUUCAAGCACCUCGCAAGACCUUUCCGAAGGCACAUACUGGUGUAUAUUGUCGGAAACAUUAGUGACUACUGAAUGAAGUUGUUACACACAGGCUUAAAAAGGUCACUACCCUAACUGAUGCUCUGGACAAGAUUUCUUGUUUGCAAGUGCAAUUGUUCCAGUUCUAAUGGUUCUCAGGCAAAGGGAGAAUAAAAUGUCCUCAGAACAACCAGUGAAGAAGAAGCCCAAGAGGGCAGAUGCUAAUAAUGAUGCAGAUGAACCAGACUUUAUCAACAGUCUCGCUGAGAAUACUGUGCAGUCAAAUUUACAGGCACUGCACCUCUCUCUGCCUCCACAUGUGAAUGAAGAUGACAUAACAUUGAAUACAGUGAACUUAGAGUAUAGGAAUAAGGCAUUUUUAGCUGCCAGUGAUAGUGAAUUAGACAAAAGUGUGAGUGAAUCUGAUCAUAAUGAUAGUGAACUUGCUUCUUCUGUGAGUACCCAGUCAGAUGGCUUGCCAAUACCCCCUGCUCCUAAUAUAAGUCUCUCAUCUAUAGUAGAUCCUUCAGAAAUCCAUGCAAGCCCAAGUGAAGAGAUUGCAGUAAGUGCCGAUAGUUCAUUAAAUGAGUUUCAGCAAAGUCUUAUUAAGCAGUGCCUUUGUGGUGUGUCUGACACUAUACUAUCUGAAAUCCACACUAGCAGGGAUAUUAUUUUAUUAGAGUGGCCUCAUAAUAAGGUACUUCAAUUCCUUUCCAAUUUACAACUGUUAUUUGAUGUUUAUUUAAAACAAAAUAAUAGGGGUUUUAUUUGCUCUCAAAUCAUUACCAAUUGUGAAAUGGUUGUGUUCAACCAGUACAAUUUAAUUGAGCAAAUAAUGUCCCUAUGUGAAAUAAAAAAUAAGUUUGUACAAUACCUUGCUGCCAGAGUUCUCAGUAGCUUUUUAAUAACUGCCAAAACAAACAUCAAUCAUGAGUGGCUUGAAACCAUUUUAAAUAUUUUGACAAUGGACAAUGUCAGCUGUACAAAAAUGAAUUUUUCUCUCGACAUUAUACAGAGGGUUGUAGAGUGGAAAGACAUUGAUAUUCAUGUGCUUGAAGAACCUGACAAUACUGUUAUCAAUGCCAAUUGUGUCAAGGUACCUUUUCGGGACUCUGAGAGCUAUGACACCUCAGCAAUAAAGGGUCUUAUUAUCAAGAGUCUGGAAGCAAAAUGGCCUGAGUUAAUCCACAAAAUUCAAACUUUUAUUAUCAGUAAUCAUCCUGUAGGUAAUCAAACCACUUGCAUUUUGACCUUCUUAACACUAUGGGAGAAAAUUAUUUCAGUGAAAGCAAACCUUAGUGUUAUAGACAUUAAACCUUUUUAUGCCCACUUAGAAGCCUUUGUUGGUUUAUUGAAUAGUAACUUGCCUCCAGUAAUUUGGAAGCAACUACUAUCACUUUUUAAUGAAGUUCUUUGCUAUGGAAGUACUCUGGCUCUUCAGGAUAUGGUUCCAGAUGAAACUGGUCGGCUGGCCCAUUUAGUUGUCAGAUAUGUAAAAGAUUAUCAACUUCUUGACAGGUUGCCCUAUAGGAGGGAUCAUAACUUUACUGUAAAUAAUUUUAUAGGUACUAUUCCUAGUGAUGAUCCCUCUGAAACAAAUAUAGAUAAAACUUUAAUACAAAAGAUGGUUUUGUUGGUCUUGAAAUCUGUGGCAGUAACAAUCAAAGAAGCCAGAUCAGAUAGUUCAGACAGCUCAAUAGGGUCAGAUGAAUAUGACUUUUUUGAAGAUAUGCAAUUGAUUGUGAGAUCUAUUAGAGAUGUGUUAAGGAAAGUAGAUGCCUUCAUUAAAAAUUCCUCAGAUUUUCAUCCUGAAACUCCAUUUUGCAAAACUAUGGUAAAUCUGUUCAGUGAUCAAGACAACUAUUUACUUGAAUCUAUGGUGUGUACCUUAGAUGUAGCUGUAGGUAUUUCUUAUAGAAAUGCAGUAUUCCCUGACCUAACAUCAAUGCUUAACCCUUACCAUUCUUUUAUAGAAUUUUUGAAAAUUGUGUCUCAUGAUUCUGAUGUUUUGUUAGAUUACCUUGUUGGGAAUGAAACAUGCUUUCUACUAUAUUUGUUAAGGUUCUUAAAGUAUACAAGAAGAAACUGGGCAAGUUUUGUCAGUAGUUGCGGAGAGGGCAGUACUGCUAGAAACAUAGAAUUGGAUGACACUAUGGCAGUAUUAAUAAGGCUAAAAAUGCAAAUAAAUAGAUUGGUUGCAAGAGACUUAUUCCCAUAUAAUAUUAAUCCUAUUUUAAGACUGCUCACCAACUGUGAGAAUUUGUAUGAUGGGAGUGAGUACAGUUGAUAAUUUUGGCAUGUUCAUUACUCUUAGGUAUUAAACUUAAUAAAUCCCUUAUAUGUAUA